CGGACACUUAUUCUGGUUACACACCCCGAGUUUGCUGACAGGCUUUGCGAGUAAUUUUAUUUAUUAAAAAGCUGCAGCUUCGCAGAUUAAAUUAAAUUCUAUGGGUGACAAACGGCAGAGAGCGAGAGUGCAGGGCUCUUGGGCCAAACCUCUGCCCAAACCAGCACGACCAACAGCACAUGUAGAGCAAAAGUCUGGAUCAUGGAAAGCUGGACCGGUAAUGUACGAGUUCAGUCAGCCCACUGAUCUCAUCAGAGCCAUGCCUGUGGAGAAGGUGAUUGAAGAUGCUGGGGUUCAUGAGAUCAGCCAGGGUCCAACCGGAGUAUCCAGACUGAGGCUACUUCCUGGAUUUUUGCCACUGGAGCAGGCAGACUGGAUGUUCUCUAAACUGUUGGCCGAGCUUCCAUGGUCACAGAAGACCAAUUAUGGCAUGAUGGGUGAGUCAUAUGAUGAACCCAGGUUGACCUGCUGGUACGGGGAAUCUCCUUACACAUACUCUCACUCCACGAUGCAGCCCAACCCUCAGUGGCAUCCUAUCCUCCUGAACCUACGUCAGGCUAUAGAGAGGGAAAUCUCUCACCCCUUUAACUCCUUGCUGUGUAACCUGUAUCGUGAUGGGAAGGACAGCAUUGCUUGGCACAGUGAUAACGAAGCAUCUUUAGGCCCAAACCCCACCAUAGCCUCAUUCAGUCUCGGGGACACAAGGUUUUUUUGUCUCCGGAAGAAGCCUUCUCCAGAGGAAAAUGGAGAUUACACAUACACAGAGAAGGUAAAGAUACCACUGAGUCAUGGAACACUCCUAAUAAUGGAGGGAUGCAUUCAAGAUGAUUGGCAGCAUCAGGUGCCAAAAGAGUACCAUGACCGCGGGCCUCGGAUAAACCUGACCUUCCGUACAAUCUACCCCGAACCAGUACGCUCCUCAAAGCGAUAAAGAAUAAUUACAUUGGAGACGAGACAUGUAAAGGUAGUGGAAAAUUGCAUGCCAUUUACUGCAGGUGGAAGAAAUGCGAGUAACCCAUGUCUUCAUCCUUCGUCCUUAUAAAUGAUUUCCUUGCUUCAAAUGGAAACAAGUUGUGUUGGAAAUAUAUUUACUGUAAAGCCUUGUUAAAAAGCUUGGCUGCAUUCUAAGGCUUAAGUAUAGCAUUAUUUAAAUAUAGUUUUAUUUAAGUAUAAAGUGUACUACUUAGUUUUGACAAAUUUUUGUUGUUGUUUUACUCUAUUUGUUGAAUAGCUGCUCGGUGUAAUUAUUAUAAGUUUUUUUGUUGAUCAUCUU